ACUGGAUGUAUGCGUGUGGCGAGCGGUUUCCCGAGCCCCAGUAAACUGGGCGGGGGUGGGGGGCGGGGCGGUUUAUUUAGUCAUCCUGCGGCCAGAGUCCCGCGUGAAUCCUGUGCGGACCUGCUUCCGCCAUUGAAGAGCAGGACCAUGGAAAGCAAACCAUUGGUGGUAUCGAAACAGAAGACGGAAGUGGUGUGCGGAGUCCCCACGCAGGUGGUCUGCACGGCCUUCAGCAGCCACAUUUUGGUGGUGGUGACCCAGUUCGGGAAGAUGGGCACCCUGGUCUCCCUGGAGCCCAGCAACGUGGCCAACGACAUCAGCAAGCCGGUGCUCACCACAAAAGUCCUUCUCGGGCAGGAUGAGCCUCUCAUCCAUGUCUUUGCAAAGAACUUGGUGUCCUUUGUGUCUCAAGAAGCUGGAAACAGAGCAGUCCUCCUCGCCAUGGCAGUGAAGGACAAGAGCAUGGAGGGGUUGAAGGCCUUGAAGGAGGUGAUCCGAGUGUGCCAGGUGUGGUGACCUGGAGUCAGGAGCACAUGCCACUCAGCAAGACCAGCUGGAUACAGUCCCUUUGCGGGGUCUCAUAGACCAGCCCUUUGGCACAGUCAAAAGGAAGAGCUUUCACUGUUGCCACAAAAAACCUUCGUCUCUUCAGGCAGACCCUCACUGUUUGUGACUGCAUCGCAGUGGGUGGCAGAAGCAGCAGAGACAUUGGGGAUGGUUCUCAAGGGGCUCUGAUCCUUGCAUCUACUUGGUAAUGGACAGUAUGAGUCAGCUGGCAUGACUCGUGGCCCUCCAUGGGCAGUGUCACUUGGAGGAAGAGUUUUUUUAUUGAAAGUAAAUAUCACGUUAUACUUCACCA